UCAGAAUCUGCAAUAACACAGAGAUAACACUCACACGGAGAUAACAGACAUCUGGCCUGUAAAUGACAAAGAUUUCAUCGGUCAAACUUGCAUGACUCAACUUAUUGUUUCAUUUAGCGCAACGCGAUCGCGCUAAUCAUGCUAUAUCAAUUUUACAUUUUUCUCAGCAGUUAUAAUGAAAAGUCAAGCGCGUAUAGGAGAAAAAAUGAUCUACUACCUGUCUCAAAAACAUGAAAAAAUACAUAUAAACAGAUACACGAGUGCUACACAGGUCACGGCAUAACGCAUUUAUCGGUCAGAUUGUAUAACUUCGGCUAAGUGUCAACAUAUUGUUUCUCUUUCAGAGAACGGCAUCUUUGAGCUAUAAGCUAAAGGUUAUGUUAUAUUAACACAUUAGAAAAAUAACUUAGAUAAAUAUUCGCGAUAUCCCAACAAGCCUGAGAGUUCCUAAACGGAAAAUGUCCGGACGUAGAAAAAAGAACAAGAACAAAUUACUUGAGAGGAGACCACGGCGUGUCUUGGGCAAGGAACAGAGGUACUACCAGGAGAAGAGCGAGGAAUCGGGCGAAAACGAUGAAGCAGAACUCAAGGAACAAUCGAUCCAGUUUCCCGUGGCUAUGUGGGAUAUGGAGCACUGUGAUCCCAGAAAAUGCUCCGGAAGAAAGCUCGCGAGACACGGUUUGAUAAAGAUCCUGCGACUGGGCACUCGCUUUCCAGGCUUAUGUCUCACUCCAGUUGGUGAUAAGUGUGUGAGCCCAACAGAUCGUGACAUUGUACAGGAAUAUGGCUGUGCCGUUGUCGAUUGUAGCUGGGCGCGUCUAGAUGACACUCCUUUCAAUAGAAUGAAAACGUCUCAUCCUCGCUUAUUGCCAUUCUUGGUUGCUGCUAAUCCAAUAAACUAUGGGAAACCUUGUCAACUGAGCUGUGUCGAGGCUAUAGCGGCUACACUGAUUAUAACUGGAUUUUCAGACGAGGCUAAUCUUUAUCUUGGAAAAUUCUCGUGGGGACACUCGUUCCUGGAGUUGAAUAACGAAUUGUUAGAAAAAUAUGCUGUUUGCACAAGUAGCGAAGAAGUGAUCGCAGCACAAGAGGAGUAUUUAAAAAAAGCCUGGCAGGAGAAAUUAGAUAGGCUUGCGCUUCCUGAUUUUCCGCAAAGUAGUACGGAAUCUGAAGAAGAGGAGGAAAAGAAAAAUGAAAAUACAAUAUCAGAAAUAACUGAAGAAUUAGGCGAUAUAAAAGUAUAAAGUAUAGUAUAUUAAUUUUAUUAAUAAUAAAAUCUUUUGAUUUUCAAUUUAU